AUGAGGAGGAGGAAUACUAUCCCCUUCCCACCGCCCCCACGAUCGCCCCGGCAGUGGCGGCGGCCGUGGUCGCAGCGGUCGAGAAGCAUGUCACCUCGACCAACAGGCCUCCCGUUCAUUCGAUGGAAAUCGAACCCACCACCACGCCGGCAUCAUCAACCUCCACUCAGGCCAGCGCCAAGCCAACCCCAGCCCAAGCGGCAGCUCCCAUCAAGCCUGAACCGAAAGAUGAAGAAACAAAGAAACACGAGAUCGAGCAGCAAGCGAAGUGUGAAGGAGGAACAAGAGGACGAGGACGACUUCGCCGAGAAGAAGAGCUCCUCGCGAUCUGCGUCAUCGUCGAAGAAGCGUUCGAGGCGCGAUGAAGACGAAGACGACUUCGAGGACGAGGAGGAAGAGAAGAAGGACAAGAAGAAGAGGAGCAGCAGCAGUAGCAGUAGCAAGAGGAGCAGUUCCUCUUCAUCUUCGUUGAAGAAGGACAAGAAGAGCAGUAGCAGCAGGUCAUCUUCAUCCUCCUCCAAGUCGUCGUCGUCGCGCAAGAGGAAGGCCGACGACGAUGAGGAAGAGGAGAAGCCCUCCAAGGGCAAGGCCAAGACCGCCAAGGGCGGCCGCGCGUCGAAGAAGGCCAAGACCGAGGAGGGCGAGUCGUCCGAGUGGAAGUGGUGGCUGGAGAAGAAGGACGGCGACGAGGAGGGCAUCAAGUGGACCACGCUCGAGUGGAACGGCGUGCUGUUCCCGCCCGCGUAUGAGCCCCACGGCGUCAAGCUCUACUACGACGGCGAGCCCGUGGAGCUGACCAGCGAGCAGGAGGAGGCCGCGACGUACUACGCGCAGUACCUGGAGACGGACCACGUCAAGAAGAAGACCUUCAACGAGAACUUCUUCAAGGACUUCCGCGCGCUGCUCAAGUCGACGCCGGCCGUCUACAAGCGCGUGACCAAGUUCGACCUGUGCGACUUCACCAAGAUCAACGCCUUCCUGCAGCAGCGCAAGGAGGAGAAGAAGACGCGCACCAAGGAGGACAAGCAGAAGGAGAAGGAGGAGAAGGAGAAGAUCACCGAGAAGUACGGAUUCGCGCUGGUCGACGGCCACAAGGUCAAGAUCGGCAACUACAGGGUCGAGCCGCCCGGUCUGUUCCUGGGCCGCGGCGCGCACCCGAAGACGGGCCACCUGAAGAAGCGCAUCAUGCCGGAGGACGUCACGAUCAACAUCGGCAAGGACGCCAAGGUGCCCAAGUGCCCGAUCCCCGGCCACAAGUGGGGCACGGUGACGCACAACAACACCGUGACCUGGCUCGCCAUGUGGAAGGAGACCAUCAACGGCGGCUUCAAGUACGUGUGGCUGUCGGCCAGCUCGCACAUCAAGGGCCAGUCGGACAUGAAGAAGUUCGAGACCUCGCGCAAGCUCAAGAACCACAUCGACAAGAUCCGCAAGAACUACAUGAAGGACCUCAAGUCCAAGGAGAAGCUCGAGCGUCAGCGCGCCACCGCGCUGUGGGUGAUCGACCACCUCGCUCUCCGUGUCGGUAACGAGAAGGGCGACGACGAGGCCGACACCGUGGGCUGCUGCUCGCUUCGCGUCGAGCACGUCGAGUGCAUCGAGCCGGCCACCAUCAAGUUCGACUUCCUGGGUAAGGACUCCAUGCGCUACGAGAACUCGACCGAGGUGCCGCGCGUCAUCUUCAAGAACUUCUGCCUCUUCCGCAAGGGCAAGAAGCCGGCCGACGACCUCUUCGACCGCCUCACCACGACCAACCUCAACUCCUACCUCAAGUCCCUCAUGCCGGGUCUCACCGCCAAGGUGUUCCGUACCUACAACGCCUCGUUCACCCUCCAGCAGGAACUAAACAAGCCCAUGCCCCGCGACCUCAACGUAGCCGAGAAGGUGCUGCAUUACAACAGGGCCAACAGACAAGUGGCGAUUCUGUGUAACCAUCAGAGGUCCGUCCCGAAGUCCCACUCGGCGCAGAUGGAGAAGCUGAAGAAUCUGGUGGAGGAACUCGAGGCCGAGAAGAAGAAGCUCCAGCACCGGUACGAGCUGGUCAAGGCCGGCAAGCCCCUGCCCGAGUCCGAGUCGGAGUCCGAGGAGGAGAACAACGAGGACGGCACGCCCAAAAAGAAGAAGAAGGCGUCGCUGCCUACCGACCGGACCCGCAUCAAGAAGGCCAUCCAGAAGCUCGAUGAGCGCAUCAAGAACCGCAAGGUCGAGAUCGAGCAGAAGGACGAGCUCAAGACCAUCGCCCUCGGCACCUCCAAGAUCAACUACAUGGAUCCCAGGAUCACCGCCGCCUGGUGCAAGAAGCACGACGUACGUGCCGAUCGAGAAGAUCUUCUCCAAGACUCUUCGUGA